AUGUUAUCUUCCACAGGGGUAAAGGUCACCAGGGCGGCCACGUAGGAUGAGUCAGAAUCUCAUGAAAACACGCCAAGAAAAGGGCUCGUAUUACGUCUUAAAGGUACAUCUGGAACAUAUUGACACCAGGGGGUCUUAAAGGAACAUUUCAACGAUCUAAGGAGACCGGAGUCGCCGGGAAAGCCUUGAAGAUGAACCAAAACAAAGACGCCGGGAAGGACGAGGUGGCCUGGUGGUUCAAGAUUCUAGGAAGAUGUGUCGGCGCGAUAGCUUCGUUAGUGUGUAUGGGGAUGGGUAUUUGGGCGUGCAUCACUGUCCAUCCCAUCUGUAUUGUAGCAGGAGUCCUCAUGGUAUGUCUAGGAUUUCUGACAAUGGUCUUAGAAGCUCCGCUCUGCUGCCAGUUCUUUGACGGGCUUGACAGACUAGCGAACUGGAUCGGAAACCUCAAGUAUAUCUACAAGGCUAUACUGUACUGUGUGUUGUCCAUAUUUCCCAUGAUGCUCUGCUUCGAGCUGACCACCGUGUUUGGUUCCGGCCUGAUCUUCGUGACAGGUGCCAUAUAUGGAGUCAUGGCGCUGGGCAAGAAAGGAGGGCAGGCCAAGCGACCGGACGAUGUUGAGAUGAACCAGAGACUGACGGAGUCGGAGGAACCGGUCGCCACCACGCCGGAGGGGACAUAACGAUGAUCCUGCUGCUAGUGUGUGUUCAAGAACUUUAUUGUGUGUUUUCCAAAGAGAUCUCUUCAUAUUGCUUAAUAAUGACCCUACAGAAUUGCUUCAACCACAAACUUUUAAGUGUUAAAACUACUGUGAAAGUCUCCUUUCCCCCUACAAUUGUGAAAUUUAUGUUCUGGCCUCCUUCGCAGACUUCCAGCAGUGUAUGUUGAACUUCAAGAUACUUUUAUUUUUGCAUUUUUUAUUGAGGCCUCUCCACACUACUUAAUCUUGACCCCAUGAUAUGUAACACAAAUCUAGUACAGAAUUGUUUCAACUGGAGCUUAAAACACUUAAGAGCUUCCUUUCACCUACUAACAUUUAAAAUUUAAUCCAUGCCAAAGAAGUGAAUUUGACGACUGGAAAGUUUAAAUGUAGAGAAGAAAAAGUUACUUUCUAGCCUCCCUUUACAGACUUCUAGCAGUACUAGCUUUUAUUUGUUUGGGGGGAAGCCUUGAUCCCCAAUUUUAAACAUGGGCUAAAGUUCUCUAAUGCCCGGAGAGGGAUUAGCCGCGCUGGCUAAAAUUCUGCUAUAUUUUUUCUAGCCAGCGCGGAAACUCCCUAUCCCAUUAUUAGAGAACCUUAGCCCGUGUUGAAAAAUCGCAAAUAAGUGCUUCCUCCCAAAAAAUGAAAGCCUGCGCUGCUUCAAUUGUGUGAAGGAGGCUUAGGUGUAAAGACUUAGUCGUAGUUGGAAUGCUUAAAUAAAUUUUGGCCGUUUAUGUGCCAUUCAUGGUAACCACUAGCCUCUCCAAGUGAGGAAUUUACACACUUUUGUGACAUUUGUAACUUUGAAAACUUCCAAAAGAUUGCAUAUAUAUAUCAGGUGAGACCAAGAAAGAUAUUGGGGGUGAAACUUGCCAAAAUUGUACUAGAUUGAUACUAGUAAGUGUAACAACAUGUACAUUUCGUAUGCAAAGAUAGAGCUGAACAAAUGUAGAACAUAAAAAAAGUUCAUAGAGAAUUUCCCAAGUACUGCAAGUUUAUUCGGGUUACAACUAUUCCAUGUUUGUCUCAAAGGUACGGGAGUGGUUUGCAAAUAGAGAAGAGAUUCUUUGUAAAGAGUUAAGACUUUGCUCCAACACAAAUAUCAAGUUUCAGACUGUCCAACUGCAGUCGUCCUCCUAAUUCAAGCAACCUACAAUGUAGAUCAAUGUUAUCUGUACAUUUCAUUUGGAAUUUCGCCAGUCUUAUUCAGUUUUCAUAAUGUCGCACACUUUGACUUUAUACUCAAAACUAUGUGUACUGUUCUGAUUGCUGUUUAUAUCUUAAAACUUAUAUGCUGUUUAUAUCUUACAAUAUAUUCCAUUUGGUUCAUUGUCGUUGUGACCACAAUAAUUAUUAUACAUGUGUAUUACAUGGAGUAAACAUAUAAUUCUGCAGUAUCAAAAUUACAUUUCAUUGUUGAUACAUGAAUGUUCAUGUCUUAAUCUAGAUAACUGGGUUCUUACAUGUAACUUGACUAUUCAUUAGUGGUUUGUUACUUUGUAUAAACGUUUAACACACAGCCAGUAUAUAGGAAUUCUGUUAUACAGAAAACAGAACAUUAAUACAUGAAUAGAUGCAUGUUCACAGAAAGCAGUUUUAUACAAGUUUGUUGGCUGUGCUUUCCACUUAAGGUAAAGGUUCUGCAUUAUAACUGCAUUGCAUCUGUGCUUUGAAGUUACAAACGUUAAUAGUUCUUUCUCUUUCAAAGGGCAGGUGUUAUGGUGAAUUGAGGUUCUUUACAGUUAUUGAUAGUUGCAAUAUUGUUGAUAUGUUUGUUAACUGAACUUCUGGAAUGAUUGAUAAGUGAUAGAUAAUGUAUUUACAUGUUUGGCUUUUGGUGACUUUAGUGCAAUAACUUGUAAAUUGAUAUGAUUUACUGUGGAGUGUGACCUCUCUACUACUUCAUGGGUAGUGUGAAAUACAUGUUUGGAGACAAAGUGUUAUGUAUAUAAUGAAUUUAGAAAUAUAUAGUGUUUACAUAUAUUUA